AUGAUGGUUCAACAUGAAGUAUCUCUGCUUAUUGUAGAGAUCCAACUGUUUGCCAGUAAAAAUUCAGAUGGACAAACUAGUGUCAAAUUUGGUGUUCUGUUCAAUGCCUAUAAGUGCACCAAUAUCUUUGAGGCUUUGGUUGUGAUUCUGAGGGCCGCCAAGCUUUCUGAGGGCUGCCAAGAGGAAAAGAUCAUCGCAUUUGAAGGGGAGCUGCUCCUGCAAGGUGUCCAUGACAAUGUUGAUAACCAUCAGCUUCAUUCUUGUAGGAGUGUGUUAUCAUUAUUCAGGUGA